AUGAGCUGCUUUGUCUGGUAUCGGUUGAGAGGAUACCAGAAGCAGCCGCAAGGCAUUAGUCCAAGCAUUCACGGGGGUGAAAAUAUUGGUGUUGUGGGUCGAGCAGGGCGCGGGAAAUCAACUUUGAUCCAAGUGUUCUUUAGGCUGGUGGAACCUUCAGGAGGAAAAAUUAUCAUCGUUGGGAUUGAUAUAACCACAAUAGGGCUUCAAAAUAUCAGGUCUCGCUUCGGGAUCAUUCCUCAAGAACCUGUCCUUUUUGAAGGAACUGUGGGAAGCAACAUUGAUCCAGUAGGAAUGUAUUCAGAUGAAGAAAUUUGGAAGGUAAAAAACACAAUGCUAUCUGGUUUCCGGAUUACAUAA